UCACAAUGUUCACAAUGCCAGCAACGCCUGACCUGUGGUAAACUGAGCAUGUCGCCAUAAAAUACAAGUGAAAAUUAUUUUAGGAAGAGAACAAGAAAGGCAGUUUGGUUGUUUCAGACUUCCCAAAAUGUCAGAUUCAGACUCCGGUCCAGAGUUUGUGGACUGCGACAUCAGACACGGGGCGAAACUUAUCUAUGACAUAGACAGUCCCUUUGUAGCCCUACAACCUCCAGAUGUUAUAUAUGAGCGAUGGAAUAAAAUCCCUGUCAUUUUGAAAAAGAAGGCGGCCCAGUUGAUGCAAUUGUGUGCCUUUUGGUACCACAUUCUGCUGCGUCAAGAGAAUCACAACACCACACGCUGGGCUGUUCAAGUGGGCUUCCUAGACUCAAACGUCAGCAAUGACUUGAGUCUGAAGAGACUGCACAAGAUAGAAAUAUUGGAAGCUAUCCUCAGAGCGAUGGAAAAAGGAUGUUUAUUAGAAGAUCAAACAAGGCAUAUGAUCUGGAUAAGCAAUAAAUUUAACUUGCAUGUGCCAGAGGUCCUGGACGAAGCGAUACACUGGCUGGAGCGGACAGGAGAGCCCCGCAUCAAGCAGCGGGUUGAGGAGCUGGGCCCCAGAGGGAACUGCUUUGCCGCCCUGCAGCUCAUCUUCACUGAGUAUUCCCACUAUACACAGGCUAUGGGAGUCAACAGAAAAAAAAUGAUGCGAGAGCUUGCACAGGGCCCCUGCCAAUGGUCUAUUGAGAAAAGUGAAGAGAUGAAGACUAGAGGAAAUGAUCAAUUUCAGAAAAAGAAAUAUGAUGCAGCAGUCAAGUGUUACUCAAAAGCCAUCAAAUAUCACCCUGAAAACCACAUUAUCUAUGGGAACCGAGCGCUUUGCUAUAUCCGUAGUGAAAAAUAUCUAAAAGCUGUUGGUGAUGGAAAACGAGCCACUUUAAUACAACCAGAGUGGGCAAAGGGUCACUACCGGUACUGUGAGGCGCUGUUCCUCCUGGGGGAACACAAGCGGGCGAUAGAGGCCAACGAGUGGGGCCAGACCCUGUGCAAGGCUGACUCAGAGGGCAUGAAGGACCUGCUGCAGCAAUAUGCCAAGUUCAACAUAGAGAUCGAGGAGAGCAAGCGCCACCAGGCAGAGGAACGCAAAGUUGGAAGACUGAAUAAAACUGCAGCUAAGAAAGUUUCAAGUAGAAGAACAGAGAGUACCACCAGAGCAGACACAACAGAGUCACAACAACAGACUGCUAAACCCACCAGUAAGGUUGAGCCUUCCACUAAAAACACUGCUCCUGAGAACAAGGGCUCAGAAGUCAAGGUGGAAAGCCAGACACAACCAGUGAAAGGUGCAGGAAGAGCACAUUCGGUGGAUAAUAAUACCAAGGCGCCUAAAGAGACGAAAGGUGAAAUGGCUGAUAAAAAGAUCAGCAAGCCAGAGCCCAGCGCUUCAGAGAAAUCGAAAGGGAAGAGCAGAAACAAGCAGUCAAAGGAAAAGACGGUAUCAGGCAGCUCCAGAGACCCCAGUGUGCGGGAUGCACUGGUGUCAGCUGUGCAGGAAGCCCACACGGCCCUGACCGACCAGCGCUGCCGCAAUGCAGAGCAGGCCUUCUCCCAGGCCCUUAGCAUCCUGGAGACCAGCACACCAAAGGAACUUGGCCUCUGUGCUCUUGACCAAGUUGUGCUGAUUUAUGGCCAUGCCUCAGCACUCAUAGAGAUUGGUCAACCUGAGGAACUUGCUGAAGCUCAAAGAGACUUUGAAAAGAUCAAAACCUUUGAAGAGAGGAAGUUUCAGUGUCUGGUUUUUUACGGCAUUGGAAAGGCGUAUCAGAAGGAGAACCGAUUUCCACUUGCUCUGGAACAGUUUUCUGAUUCUAUGCAAAUGGUUAAGAAAAAGAUAACACCUGGUAAACUGACCUGGCCCACCACAAAAGUUAUUGUUGAGGAAACUAAGCCGGGCUAUUUCAAGGAGCUGCUAGAGGAAUCCAUAGAGAUGUGCAAAUUUCCACCUAAACCAGAUGCCAUUUGUCUGCAUCAGAAUUGCCACGGACAUUCCAAAAUAGAAAUCUACUUCACAGAUCCAGAUUUUAAGGGUUUCAUUCGGAUGGUUUGCUGCCAAAGCUGCAAAGUUGAGUACCAUAUCAGCUGUUGGAAGAAGUUGAAAGCAACAGCAUUCUCUGAUAAGAAUGAAAAGGAUUUCCUGCAGGAAAUGUGCUUUACUCCAGACUGUUUGGGUAGAAUCUGUCAUAUUAAAAUCUAUGGUUCAACAGGGCUUGUCAAAUGUGAGUUUGAAGCAUCUAUUGAGAAACUUGUGGGUACAGCAACAUUGAGAGUAAAUCAGAAAUGUACAAGUCUCAAGAAGUUGAAAUCCAAAGAGGAUCGUAAACUCAGGCGGAAGCAACAUAGGCAAGAUGCUUCUUUGUCUACGCAAGACAAGAAUGAUCAGAUACCUUUGGAGAACGGGGAGACAAUUGUCGUUGGACAGAAGGCUUCAUCCCCCACCUGGCUAGCUUACGGGGACCGUGUUCUGCUUCAGAUCAGUGAGAGUAAAGACCUAUUCAGGGACGAGAGCCACAACAUCUCUGUCCUGAUGGAGAACCUUAAGCCAUGGAUGGACCUAGACCGGAUCAAGGGGAAUGAGCUGGGCACGUCGUACGCUGGGAGGCAGCCGGAGACGCUGGGGGACGUUGUAGCGCUUCUCCUGGAAAGGAAGAACCGGGUGUGGGCCCGCGUAUUUAUCCAUAGCCUGAGCGGCUGCCUGGACACCAGCCCCAAGCUGCACAACUGGGCCCACCAACUGAACAGCGCAGGUCUGAAUUCAGCUGGACUGUUCAUUGACCGCUAUGCAGACCACCUGGAGCAGCUCGACCUCGCUCCUUUGCUAAAUUUUGCCCCCCUGCAGGACAUGCUCAUAGAGAAGUUUGGGACUAUGCCUGAGUUUUUUAGCAGCCAAGGGUUGACUCUAACGGAGUACCUAAAGCAGGCCCCUCCCCAGGAAAUGAGGCUGUUUAUCUGGACUCUGGAGGAGCACAGAGACCAGUACACCACCUGCCACACUGUGCUGGAUUACUAUUUUGAAAUAAUGGAUGGGGAUUGUUUAGUGAUUAAAAAGACAGGGAUUGAAAAUGAAAUUAAUUCCCCUAUUAAGACUAGGAACAGAAACCGCAAAAAGAAGCAGAAGGAGCCAAAGGGGUCGGUUAUUGUGCUGUCGGGAAUGAGAGGUGGUACCUCAAGAGAGGAGGACGAAGAGGAUUUUUUAGACGACUCUUUAAUGUUCUUUGACUCCAGUGACCCAUUCAGCAUUCCCGAUCAUCUUCGAAAUCAGGUGGCAGAGUUUGAGGGACAGUACAACAAUGGCAGCCGCAGUAGCCACUACAAUAGAAUAUUGGACAACAACCCCGACCCGACUAAGGAGAGUUUGUACGACUACUUUGCCCAGAUCCUGGAGGAGUACGGUCCCCUAGGGGCCCAGGACCCCUUGCUGGUGGGUGAGCUGAACAACUUCCCCUCUGACGCCCAGCAGAAGAUCCAGGAGGCAGGCGGCCUUGAGCCCUUCCUUCUCGAGUCGCUGCGCUUCGUCAGGACUGACAACCUCCUGGGCCUCAUGAAGCACGCUGUGUCACUGCAGGAUGCCAACACUCACAGAAUGGACGAUCUGGACUUCAUAGGGGAUAUCCCCAAUGGACUCUCUCUAAACCCUUCUGCUAUGGAGUUCCUCCCAAACUCUCAUGACUCUGGACCUAGGGAUUAUGAUGAAGAGCCUUUUGCCAACAUUCAUGUGCAGCCUAACCUGGUUGAAGUCUGUGGCUAUCUUCAAGGGAUGCCCACUCUCCCCAGCCCGUAUAUUUUCCCUGCCUUUGGCUCUCAAGCUGCCCCACCUGCCAACGGAAUAGCAGGUGCCAUUGAAACUCUGAGAGCGGAGGACAAGUCAUAUAAUAACCAUGAUCCGGAUAACCUUGAGGAUUUUGACCUUGAUAUUAGAGACGUGGAUGAACAGGGAUUGUUGGAGGCUGUUUAUGCUCCCGUUCGCGGUGCCAAGGCACCUGGAAAGACUACAGUGGAAGUACAGGUAUUAACUUGUGACACCUUGAGUGAAGUGGCUGUUAACACAGAGCCUUAUGAGCCUUUUGAAGGGAAUAAUGGAGACAUGAACAAGAAAGAGAAGAGUAAUGCAGAGUUUGAACAGCAGAUCCAGCAAAUGGUGCAGGAUUACGGCGCUGUGAAGCAAAGACGCCAAAAGGAGAUAUCUGCCCUAGAAGGAGAGCAAGAGGAAAUCAACCAUUCAAUACAGGUCACCCAUAAAGAGCUGGGCUUGUUCCAGCAGAAGCUGGAGGAGGAGGUGAAGAAGGACCAACAGGAGAAGAAAGAUAAUCAGGAAAUACUGAAGGCCUUAAAGACUGAGAUAAAGGAGCUGGCGGAGUCACAGGAGAGCAUUUCUAAGAACAUCCACGAGAAGAACAAGGAGUAUGAGACACAGCUGAAUAAUUUCCUGGUGCUGAGUAACCAGUCAGCUGCUGAGAAGAUGAGCCUGGAGGAUGAGAUCAAGCGGUGCAGAGACCUGUGUGCCAAGGCAACUAGGAGGUCUCGGGGAGCAGAGCUGUCUAAAUUGGAGAACCGGCGUAGCCGCGGACUGCGCUGCCUCUACAGGUCUCUGUCUGAUGCCAGGGCCAUCCUGGCCAAACUCAAGGAAGUGGCUCCCAGAUUCCCUUCCCAAAUUCUCCAGUCAGCCACAGAUGCUUGGAUAGCAUGUGUUCAAGAAGCAGAGGAGAAAAUCCACUCAACUGAGGCACAGUACCAGGAUCAGAUAGAACAGGUGAAGAGGGGGACCAGGCUGUGCACUCUGCCCCCAGUUGCAGUCCCCAGCGCCCCCCGGCCCCCACCUGUACCGAUCUGCUCUGUCCCAGAGGAAGACCCAUCCCUGGUACCCCUCUGCCUCCCCUACCCCGUCCCCUCCAUUGGCCCUCCCCCGGGCCUGAGCUUUCCCCUAGUGGCGCCAGGCUUGAGAUACAGUGCAGGCUUCACACAGCAGGCAGAACAUGUUCUGGGGCUCCACUUCCCCAUCAGAGGGUCCCUGGGGCCAGAGCAGAUGCUGUUCCCACCCCAGGUUCACCAGCAGCUCCCUUGCCACCCAGUGCACAUAAGAGUCCCCCUCUAUGGUCACCUGGGGUUGCCUAGAGCCCCUCUGGCCCCAGCCAUGGCUCAGAAUGUUGCACUGCCCUCCAGUAUGGCUGGAGCUCCAACUAGUGCUACCACUAACCAUCCUAUCACGAGGCCACCUCAGCAGAACCAGGCUUCCAGGCCACAGGCCCCACAGCCCACAAAUGUGUACGAUAGAAUCGUAGACCGGCUCAGCGUCAUGUUCCCUCACUAUAGCAGGCCUGUGCUGUCCAAGUUCAUUGGGGAGAUGCGCACGGCCAACAGAGGCUGCCUGAACUCCCUGUCCUACCAGGAGGUCAUCAACAGAGUGGCCCAGCUUAUCCUGGACCACCAGGACUCCACCAGGGAGCAGCUGAGCAGUGCAGGUAGAGGUGACACUGCUGGGACCCCUUCGCGCUCCGACUCACCAGGCUCCGUCCACUCCACCGGACCCCACGUCUGGAAGAGCGUGGGUGCCCAAGGACACUCCAAGUCGAAGGCGUUGAACAUGGAGGAUCCCUGUAUCAUCUGCCAUGAUGACAUGUCCCAGGAGGACUUGUGUGUGCUGGAGUGCAGACAUAGCUUCCACACAGAGUGUAUUAAGUCGUGGCUGAAGGAGCAGAGCACCUGUCCCACCUGCAGAGAGCAUGCUCUCCUGCCCGAGGACUUCCCUCUGCUGCCCGGCAGAAUACGCAGGGGCCACACGCCUGCUGCCUUCUCUUAAACACCCCCAGCUACCUACCCUGAACCCCUAACCCUCCCCUAUGUCCAAUACCUAAACUCCAAACACAAAUUGUUUCCCAUUAUAUGGUCAACUGCUCCAUUCUAUAAUAAAGGCUUCUGUCAAAUGUGCAUGUGAAGAGAAAUAAAUUGGACCAAAGUAGUGUGAUUAACCAGUUAUCCAUCUGGCUCCCUACUAUGAUUAUAUAUUCUAUUGGUUUAUACUGUAUCAUGCAAGGAAUGUUUUAGCUUUUUUAUUUAGCUUCUAUCGUAUGUGCCAUUAUAAUGCUGAAGUGUGUAGACAUCCAUGUUUGCCUUAGACAAUGUUUGACUGUUAAAUCUGUUCAUAAGCAUUCAUCACAGCGCUGUUGUCAUUAGACACAUUCUUCUGUAAGGAAUUGUUUAGUUGGUCGCAAUUAUUAUAAUUUUUUUUUACAUUAAGUUUGGUUAUGGGUUCAGCUAAUUCUUAAGUCUUAAGGCUCUUGUGCCUGGUGUAAUAAAGUUUGAUUGGCAGUUACUUUGUGUGAAGCUGUUUGAAAAGUUGGAACUGGAGGAUAGAAAACCAACUUUGUCACUGCAAUUUUAAAAACAUUUGCCAAAUGUUUGUAUGAUUCAUUUUAAGAUAACUAUUUUAAUUAAAAUAUCUGGCAGACUU